GGUUUGCAGGUCAGAUUUGGGCCACAGCGCGUGAGGUUCUGCCACCUUUCUGACUAGAACUCCGGCAGAGUAGCUCACCGGGGCCCUCUGAGAAAGUUUCUGAUGUUGCGUCUUGGAUUAUGGCACAAUUUUGUUGCAGAUCACUGUUCACCUGGGCAGUCCUAGGGAUGAGGUGGUCUUUUGAGAUGUGACAGCUUAGCUACUUAUGAUUCUAAAUACUUAUCAAGUUUGUGCAAGCGAACAAGUUUGUAAUCUAAAUGAUGGAGUUAUGUACAGUACUGAUGUAGGGAAGUUGUGAAGCUGUUUACAGAAUAAGAUUCUCAGCUCUUGUAUUCUUUGGCCAUAAUUUUUUGUGUUCUGAAUGUAUAUUUCCCAUCAAUUUUGCUUCCGUAUAUGAUUUAACUGAGUUUUGGGUUGUUUGUUCAGGGUCACAAGAGUUAUGUCCCAAAUAUGAUCAGUGGAGCAGCUCAAGCAGAUAUUGCUGUUCUGGUUAUUUCUGCCCGUAAAGGGGAAUUCAAAACUGGAUAUGAGAGGGCUGGGCAAACCCGUGAACAUGUUCAGCUUGCAAAAACUUUGGGCUUAUCUAAGCUGUUUGUGAUUGUGAACAAAAUGGAUAAUCCCACUGCUCAAGUGAAAGUUCUUGCCAUUUACUGUGAUGAAGAUAAGGCUACACGUGUUGGACCUGGUGACAAUCUGCAGGUUAAGUUAUCUGGAAUUGAAGAAGAGGACAUAUUAUCUGGUUUUGUCUUGUGUAAUGUUGCAAAACCAAUACCAACAGUCACUGAAUUUACAGCCCAGCUGCAGAGCCUUGAGUUGCUUGACAAUGCAAUAUUUACAGCUGGGUAUAAAGCUGUCUUGCACGUUCAUUCUGUUGUUGAGGAAUGUGAGAUUGUUGAGCUGCUACAACAAAUUGAUCCCAAGACAAGAAACCCAUGAAAAAGAAAGUUCUAUUUGUUAAGAAUGGUGCUGUUGUUGUUUGCCGCAUUCAGGGAAAGAAGUUUUGCUUUGAAGUCGAGACUAGCCCAAUUAUAUCUGAAACAUUUCUCUGUGUUCAAAAUUUGGUUCAUGAAUUAUGUCCUUUUGGCAAUAUCAUCUCAGGGGAAAAAUUUGAUUUGUGUUUGAGAGAUUCCCAGAUUUUGCACAACUUGGAAGGUUUACUCUUCGAACUGAAGUUAAGUGACUGCAUUUUCAUUAUUCAUGAAUUACCCUGGGCAUGCAGUGUGUAAUUUGGAUUACUGUGUCUACAGGAAAAACAGUUGCAGUGGGAAAAGUCAUGGACAUUCCUUCAAGUGCCAGUGCAUAAAAAGGUUUUGUUGUUAGAGGUAUAUCCACCGGACUCUCCUUACGAAUGGGUGUUAGGUUGCAACACAGAAUCGUCUUAAAUGAAGUUGCCGCGUUAACAAUAUAUCGAUAUCUUAAGGAGAGAUGAGAUGCCAAUGCCACAGGUGCUUGGCAUUGGUACUUUUGAUAUACUUAUGGGUAUGUAAUGUUUAACUUAUACACCCAUUGGCAUUUUUGGAACACAUGAUUGUAAUACAUGGUUUUCACAUCAGUCAGUUAGAAAAUAUUUAGUUUUGGUUUGGGCAUUGUUUGCCAUGAAAGCAUUUAGUUUGUCAUUUAGGUUUUAGGACAAUAUAUAUGAGUGUAAAAACUUAUUUACUGCCCUUUCAUCGUCUAUGGCAUCCUGGUAGUAAAUUGAACUGGCUGAU